GUGCCGCGCGCGGCAUGCAGAAGCUUCGCUGAGUGGGCACUGGCGGUCGCGAGCACGUUGCUAGUGGGCGCGGCUGGUGGGGCCGCGGGCGGUAGGGGGCUAGCGUCCGGCUGAGCCCCGCGGGUUCCAGCACGCGGCUCCACGCUCUGUCGGGCUGCUCUGCUGAGUGACACCGCCGUGGCAUCCAAGGAGCUGUGGUCCAGCCUGCGCGGCGGGAAGCGGCGGCGGCGGCUGCAGCGUCCUAAGAGAAGAAAGAAUUUGACUGAUGGGCAUAAGGAAGAAAAAGAGCCCGAGGCAAGUUUCAGAGAAGUAGUGGAAGAUUUUUCAAAAAAGCUUUAGAACAAGAAAGUAUGCUUGGGAAAGACCCAAGCGGGCAUGUGAAGGAAGCUGAAACCUAUCAACACUCUUCAAAAUGCAAUGGAAUGUACCACGGACUGUAUCUCGACUGGCACGCAGGACAUGCUUGGAACCACAUAAUGCUGGUCUCUUUGGACGCUGUCAAAAUGUAAAGGGACCUUUACUUUUAUACAAUGCUGAAUCCAAAGUGGUUUUGGUACAAGGCUCUCAAAAACAAUGGUUGCAUUUAUCUGCUGCCCAGUGUGUUGCAAAGGAAAGGAGGCCAUUGGAUGCUCAUCCACCCCAACCAGGAGUCCUUCGCCAUAAGCAAGGGAAGCAACAUGUUUCAUUCAGGAGGGUUUUUUCAUCCAAUGCCACAGCUCAGGGAACUCCGGAAAAAAAGGAAGAGCCUGAUCCUUUGCAAGACAAAUCUAUUAGUCUUUAUCAACGAUUCAAGAAGACAUUUAGACAGUAUGGAAAAGUUCUGAUUCCAGUGCAUCUAAUAACUUCCGGUGUUUGGUUUGGAACAUUUUAUUAUGCAGCCUUGAAAGGAGUGAAUGUCGUUCCUUUUCUAGAACUCAUUGGGUUACCUGACAGUGUGGUAAGCAUCCUGAAAAACUCCCAGAGUGGAAAUGCACUCACAGCAUAUGCCUUGUUUAAGAUUGCAACACCUGCUCGGUAUACCGUGACUUUGGGAGGAACAUCUGUCACUGUGAAGUAUCUGCGCAGUCAUGGCUACAUGUCCACACCGCCACCCGUCAAGGAGUAUCUGCAGGACAGGAUGGAAGAGACAAAGGAGCUUAUCACAGAGAAAAUGGAAGAAACAAAAGAUAGACUCACUGAAAAGUUACAAGAAACCAAAGAAAAAGUUUCCUUUAAGAAAAAGGUGGAAUAAGGUGCCUUAUAUAGCAGUAUAGGAAAUUCCUGCACUUUAACCCUUUGGAAACUAUGGGCAAAGGAUACAUGUGUCUGAUUAUUUUUUUGGUUAGUUGCCGAAAUAUACUAGUUCUCUGAGGGUUAAAGAAGUAAAAUACCUUUUUAAAGUUAAAUAUCACUAGAAAAAUCAGUGUUAUUACAAGGGAAGAAAUGAACCCAGUGUAAGAAUUUCCCAUCAGUAGCAGUAUUAAGCAGUGGUUAAUGUCUUAGAAGUCAGACUUCUUUUUCAAGGUCUUCAGAACCACACUUGAUUUCUGUUUUGUUGCAGCUGUAAUUGACACACACUAGACAGCUGACUCCUUGAAUAUCCAGUGUGACCCAUAAAAUAGGCUGUUAAUACCGGAUCUUAAUUUUUAUGUUAUUCAUUAAGAUUUUAACUAUAUCCAGUACAUAAUUUGGAGACAAACUAGCAUCAUCAAAACUGCCUGUAAAUAAGAAGGUAUUUAGUCUUUCUAUAAAAACAGAAUAGAGCAAUUACCUACCAGUUAAAAUAUCUUAUAUGAAGAAAAUAGAAUAUUCAGUCAUAUAUGUAAAUAAGAUGUAUUGAUUGUACGUAAAUGAAAAAUGGACCCUUUAAAAAUUAUUUUUACCUGAAGCUUGUCAUAAUUUUUUUAAAGCAAAUAUAUAUAUGGUGAUGGUACUUUUCAAAGUGUGUAUUGGUGGUGAUCACCUCAAACAUAAACCUCUGUUGUGAAUCAUUUGUGUCCUUUUCAACUAAUCUUUCAGAGGAAAGGUAAAAAAUCAUUAAACCUUAAGUUCAUUGUUAAAAUCAAAUAUUUGUCAGCAGUAACUCAAGCUCAUGGUUCUCAAGCAGAAAAAGGUUUGGGAGACUAAAAAUGGAGUCAGGUUGUCAUGGAGACUGCUAACUCCUUGGGGUAGACAUGGGCCUUGCCUCAGCAAACCAGUGCAAUUUCCCAAUGUCUUAGUUUCAGAAUUCAUGCUGAUUUCAUUAUGGAGUAAAAUUUUAAAUUGUGGCUGCUGCUUUUUGUCUUACAUUGAAGGGAAAUAUCCUUGUUUGAGCAUUCUACUUGAUUUUUUUUUUUUUUUUUUUUUUUUUUUUUGAGACGGAGCCUCCCUCUCUCUCUCCCAGACUGGAGUGCAGUGGUGCGAUCUCGGCUCACUGCAUCCUCUGCCUCCCAGGUUCAAGUGAUCCUCCUGCCUCAGCUUUCCAAGUAGAUGGGAGUAUAAGCGUGUGCCACCACACUCAGCUAAUUUUUGUAUUUUUAGUGGAGGUGGAGUUUCACCAUGUUAGCCAGGCUAGUCUCCAACUCCUGACCUCAGCCUCCCGAGUAGCUGGGACUAGAGGCGCCCACCACCACGCCCGGCUAAUUUUUUUGUAUUUUUAGUAGAGAUGGGGUUUCACCGUCUUAACAAAGCUAUCAUUAAAUCAUUUGCUUGUAAUGAAA